AGAAGAUGAUGACAAGUCGGUCGAUCUGUCUGAUGACGAGCCCGUCUUUCUCUCUUCUCGUAAACCGUUGACAUUGAAUCAGCUCCUCUCCGGGACUGACGAGCGGGUGAACGGCAAUGGGGAGGCAGGAUCCGUAAGGGUCAAGCAGGAGAGUCAGGAAGAAGUAGCCGCGAGGACGGGUCAGGGUCAGGAGGGCCAAGACCCGGAUGCGCAAAUGGUCAUCCUCGACCUCCCUCCUCUAGGCUCUGCUGGGACGCCAAACGAGACCGGACUCGACCUGCCGAGGAGCGCGACGGUAGAGGCCAUGCAGGUGGAUGAGCAGGCGACGGUAGCUACCCAGGGAUCGCUACUCGGUGCGGCUUCGGUGCAGGAUUCGAGCUUGACCGAUUUACCGGAUUCGGUCCCGGCGAGCCUGAACAACCAAGUCGUGCAAACCACAACGACCGAGACGCCGGCUGCGGCGGUCAAGCCAAAGAAGAAACGUGCCGUCCUGACCACGUCGGUUGUAGCGCCUCCCGAGCCCGCCGCUCCGUUGCCCAUGCAGACGGUCCGACUCGAAUUCGAUCUGAACAACCCGGCGAGCUUUCCCAAACCCGUUGGCAAGGAGAAACCGGGUAAGGCGUUGAUCAUCAAUUUCAAGCAAGAGGCGAUCGAUCGCGGGGUGGUGGAAAAGGGAUAUUGGGAGGGUCUUUGGGGGUUGGGUCUGACGGCCGAGGGCGAGGGCGAGGGUAGCGACGGCGAUAUGGACAUGGAGGAAAAGACGGACAAGAAGAAGCAAGGCAAGAAGAACGGAUUAUUGGGCCAAGUCCCCGAGCCAAAAGCGGGACCUGGGCCGUCUUCCUCGUUGGCCGCUCUGAUGGCCGCCGUCGGGGACGCUCCGGACGACUCUGCUGAAGCUGAACGGCUCGCCGCCGAGUAUCAUAAGCAUUACGAGGAGAGCGCGCCGGUGAAAAAGACCAUACGGACCCGCAAGUCGAGAGAUGCGGAAUACGACGUCAGCGAUCCGUUCGUCGACGAUUCCGAGUUGAUGGUGGACGAGCCGUUGUUUUACCAAGAGCCAAAGCGGGCCGGGUUUCAUGUCGCGCUUGGGGAUAUCGAACUGUGCGGAGUGGUCGAGGAUGAACCGAUCGUAAAACGCCGAAAGAAGCGGGUCGAGGGAGAAGAGACGGGUGGACCGGUCAAGAAACGCAAGACCAAGACGAUUUUGGGAAUGGGAAUUCGACCGGGAAUGCUCAACGCCGAGAUCAGAAAGAACAGCUUGAAUAACAUAGUGGAUGGCAUGCCGGGAUCGCCCGACGUCGUGGCCAUCGAAUCGAGGCAAGAGAGUCCUGAAAUCCAGGUGCUGGAAAAUACCAAAAAGGACACCCCCGCUGAGGCCUGGGUACCAAGACUAUAUGCUGGUCCAGAGGAGGCGCUGGCAACGAUGCCCGAAGCCAUUCACGCCGAACUUCGUGAGCUCUGGCGGCAGGACACGCCGUACCGUGAGACACAAUAUUACAAGAACAAAGAACGGAAAAAGGUAUUUCCCCAAGACUUGGUCGCACCGUCCAAAGCUGUCGGUCACAAGGCCAUCGACUUGCGCAUCAUGGACGACCCGUUCUUCGACGUGGUUGCGCCAUACCAUAUCGGAUACAAUCGCUUCACCAUGAAGAAAUGGUUGUUGAAUAACUGCAAGGAUUAUUUGGCGGUUUCCAUUGCCAAUCUGGAAGAAAAAAUCUUGGCAGAGUUACAGAUCGAGAUCGACGUCCUCGCCGUCGACUACAUGCAGGCUUUCGAGGAAGAGAUGAAAAAGGCAGCUGGAGAAACGACGAUGGAAGUAGAUCCGGUGACGGGGGAAACAACCGUGGUGCCAAUCGUCUUACCACAGAAGAAAUGGAGGUGGACGGCUAGGCUUCGCGAGCUGUUCGCGGCGGCGGUCGAAAAUGUCGAAUACGAGAUCCAUUACGUCACGAAAAUCGCCGAGGCACUGGAAGAGAAGAAUAAAGACAAGCCCAAGAAAGUGAUCCCGUUACCCAAAGGUCAAGCGAUUCGUACCAGGCUCUAUGGACGAGUCGUCGAGUUGUUCCCCGAGGGAUGGAUGACGACAGGGUUGUUGUCGCGAGAAAUGAGCAUGAUGAAAGCGAAGAAGAAGCAAGUACAGGCCUGACGCUUGCAGCAGCGCCUAGAUACCGACUGCCAUGACCGUUGUCCUUGAUGAUACGCCGAGCGACAAACCAUCGAUACCUCGUCUACCGAGUUGUACAAGACAAGAAACUUGCAUGUCACCAAUCCGAAACAGAUUGAAUCUACUUGCUUUCAAGCAGCCAAGAAGCAGCAGUUGAGAUGUAUCGAAUGUUCAAAUUCUGACUCUCGGUGGC